GUAGUGACACACUCUUCUCUACUCAAUCAGAGUGCACGCUCCACUCACUCCACACACUCGGUGUGUAGAAAGUCUCCUCCGCUCACAGCUGGAAUAUCAGGAAGGUUACCGGGAGAGGGGCGCUACUACACUGUCAUUCAGGAACCGCGCGAGCGCUGAUCUGAGAGGCAUCUCUCCGCUGCGCGCGGCUGCAGUGAUGAAGUGACCGUCCUUCAGUCAGAGAGAAGCGCAGCAUCCCUCCACACAGCGGGUAUGGACGGAGCCAGUGCACGGGACUGAACACCCGGCCAGCCUGUAUGAGAGGGGAGGGGGGUUCCAGCAUGGCUGAGGUUGAUGGAGAGAGCAGCAGCGGUCAGCAGAGAAAGAAGCCGCCCUGGCUCCAACUUGACAUCCCCACCACCACGCUCGGCCCCCUGAUGGAGGAGCACAACAAUUUCCUGCAGCCAUGGGCACGUAACAGCCUGUACCUGCGCAGUGCCAGUGUUCCAACUGAGAACAUCCAACUCAGAUGCCCACCGGUGGACCCCAAUGCCUGCCGCAGACCCUCAGUGCUGCGUAAACCAUCCAUUUCCCAGACUAUAAAAAGCCCCACUGGGAAGAGGGUGCGCUUUGAGCAGAUGAGCACCGUGCUGGUUAAAGGCCAGUGCACGUCCCGCCUGGAGGCUCCCAGGCGCCAGUCUCUACCCCAAAUCGUCCUCAGGGGCACGGCAGACUGGUUUGGGGUCAGUAAGGAUGCGGACACCACGCAGAAAUGGCAGAGGAAGAGCCUGCACCACUGCAACCAGCGCUACGGCAAGCUGAAGCCUCAAGUGAUCCGUGAGAUGGACCUACCUAGCCAGGACAACAUCUCCAUGACCAGCACAGAGACCCCUCCACCUCUAUACCUGCCUCCAUCACAGCAUGGCAUUCAGAAGAUUGUGGAUCCGCUGGCCCGCGGUCGAGCCUUCCGUAAUAUGGAGGAAUUGGACGGUUUUACUGGGCCUCAAACUCCCAUCACCCCUGGUGCUGUCUCCCUGUGCUCCUUCACCAGCUCCCGGUCAGGCUUCAGCCGGCAUCCACGCCGCCGCAAGAGAGAGUCCGUCGCCAAGAUGAGCAUCAGAGCUGCCACUGCCCUGGUUAAGGGUCGUCCUCUAAAGGAAGGUACAGUGCGUCGAGUGCACAGACGCAGCUUUGCAGCAGCCAGUUUUAUAGAGGAGGACACAGGGGAUUUCCUAGAUGAGCAGGACACCUCCUUCUUCACAAGGGAUGGACUGGUUCAAGAAGAACUGUCCACAUAUGCGGACGAAGUGUUUGAGUCGCCCUCUGAAGCCGCCAUUCGUGUGAACGACACGGACAAAGUAGGCGAUGAGUUGGAUCUGACUGGCAGUGCCCUGGACAAGACCGACUUAGAGAGGAGUCAUCUAAUGCUGCCUCUGGAGAGGGGUUGGAGGAAAGCGAGGGAUGGCACGCUGAUUCAGCCGAGGGUGCGUUUACGGCAGGAGGUGGUGAGUGUGAGUGGUCAGCGCCGCGGUCAACGCAUCGCUGUUCCUGUUAAGAAGCUCUUUGCCCGAGAUAAACGUCCGUAUGGCCUGGGGAUAGUGGGCCGACUGACCAACCGCUCAUACCGCAAACGCAUCGACAGCUAUGUUAAGAGGCAGAUAGAGGACAUGAAUGACCACAGGCCUUUUUUUACUUACUGGAUCACAUUUGUCCACCUGCUCAUCACCAUCCUGUCAGUUUCCAUCUAUGGAAUUGCACCUGUUGGCUUCUCCCAACAUGAAACUGUAGAUUCUGUUUUAAGAAAUAAAGGCGUUUAUGAGAAUGUCAAGUUUGUUCAACAGGAGAACUUCUGGGUUGGACCGAACUCUGAGGCGCUGAUACACCUGGGGGCGAAGUUCUCACCCUGCAUGCGGCAGGACCAGCAGGUGCAUGAUCUGAUGCAGGAGAAGAAGCAGAGGGAGCGUAACUCAGGCUGCUGCGUCCGAAACGACCAGUCCGGCUGUGUGCAGACUUCUCAGGAGGAGUGUUCAAGUACAUUGGCUCUGUGGGUAAAGUGGCCUCAGCACCCAAGUGUUCCCUAUCUUGAUGGUAAAUUACGCAGUUAUGGCUCAGUUUGUCACCAAGACCCCAGGACGUGUCUGGAGCCGGCCUCCGUCUCGCCUCAUGAGUGGCCUGAUGACAUCACCAAAUGGCCGAUAUGCACCAGGUACAGCACUGGAAACCACACAAACCUGCCCCACAUAGACUGUGUAAUUACAGGCAGACCGUGCUGCAUCGGAACCAAAGGGAGGUGUGAGAUCACAUCCAGAGAGUACUGUGACUUUAUGAAUGGCUAUUUCCAUGAAGAGGCUACCUUGUGUUCCCAGGUGCACUGCAUGGAUGAUGUGUGUGGCCUUCUGCCUUUCCUUAACCCUGAGGUCCCAGACCAGUUCUACCGACUGUGGCUCUCGCUCUUCCUGCAUGCUGGGAUCCUGCACUGCCUGGUGUCUGUGUGCUUCCAGAUGACCAUCCUGAGGGAUUUGGAGAAGCUAGCUGGCUGGCUACGAAUUUCCAUCAUCUACAUCCUCAGUGGCAUCACGGGCAACUUAGCCAGUGCCAUCUUCCUUCCUUACAGAGCUGAGGUUGGCCCGGCAGGUUCCCAGUUCGGUAUCUUGGCGUGUCUGUUCGUGGAGCUCUUCCAAAGUUGGCAGAUCCUGGCCCGUCCGUGGCGGGCCUUCUUCAAGCUGCUCUGCGUUGUGCUCUUCCUCUUCGCCUUUGGUCUUCUGCCGUGGAUAGACAACUUUGCCCACAUCUGCGGCUUCAUUUCAGGAUUCUUCCUCUCCUUCGCCUUUCUGCCCUACAUUAGCUUCGGUCGCAUGGACAUGUACCGCAAGCGCUGCCAGAUCCUGCUCUCUCUCACACUCUUCCUGGGCAUCUUCUCCGGGUUUGUGGUGCUCUUCUACGUGUACCCUCUGAAGUGCGAGUGGUGCGAGUUACUCACCUGCAUCCCUUUGACAGACAAAUUCUGCGAGAAAUACGACCUAAAUGCUCAUCUCCACUGAGGCCUUACUUAAAGCCCAGAGCACACUGACCCAGAGUUCUUCAACAAACAUGCUGCACUCCACCUCUCCAGCAGCUCCAUGUUUACAAUUCAACUUUUGUCUGAACCAGAAAAAACUUUGUAGAACAAAGACUAGAACAGUGUAAUUGAGAAACAGCAAGGAAAUGUUCUAAAACAGCUUUAAAAAUGUGAACCUUCUAGAAUAUAGUGAUAGAAAAGGGCAUUAUAGGACAACGUGUCUGGAGAAACAUUGUAGAACAGUUUGAUUGAGGAAAACAUUGUAGAACCAUUUGUUUGGGGAAAAUUUUGAACCACAGUUUCAUUGGUUACAACAUUUUAGAACAGUUUGAAUAGGGCAAACACUGUAAAGCAGUUUAAAUGGGGAUACAUUGUAGAACAAUUUUAUUGGUUAAAACAUUUUAGAACAGUUUGAAUAGGGCAACAAUUGUAGAGCAGUUUGACUUAGGAAAACACUUUAGAAUAGUUUCAAUUGGGAAACAAAUUAGAACAGUUUGACUGGGGAAAACAGUGUACAACAGUGUGACUGAGGAAAACAUUUUAGAACAGUUUUCAUGGGGAAAACAUUGUACAGCAGUUUAAAUUAGGGAACAUUUUAGAACAGUUUGACUCUGGAAAACAUUGUAGAACAGUUUGACCCAGGAAAUAUUGUAAAACAGUUUCACAGGGGAAACAUUUUAGAACAGUUUGACUGAAAAAUCAUUGUAGAACAGAUUGACUGGGUAAACACUGUAGAACAGUUUGACUGGGGAAACAUUUUAGAGCAGAUUGACUGGGAAAAACAGUGUAAAACAGUGUGACUGGGAAAAACAUUUUCUAACAGUUUGCAUGGGGAAAACAUUUGUACAGCAGUUUAAAUUUGGGAAAACUUUGUAGAACAGUUUGACUGGGGAAAUCAUUGUAGAACAGAUUGACUGGGGAAAACAUUGUAGAACAGUUUGACUGAAGAAUCUUUGUAGAACAGAUUGACUGGGGAAAAGCUGAAAGUAUGUAAUAGACUAAGACUAGAACAUUUUAAAGCAGUGUGAAAGGGACAAACAUCCUAAAAAUCACAGGUAUCCCCCUCGGGUGAUGCUGGUGUUUGCUGGGUCAGCGUGCUCUGGGGCUAAAGGAACAGAAAGCCAGAAGAGGACAUAUAUGACUCUUACAGAACCACGGCUCUCAGUCUCCUGUAUGGAAAUGACGGUAGAUCAGUGGCCCUGACUGACAGCGUGUGAGUUGAUGGUUCUGCUGCAGUCUGCAGUUGUUACGCACUUGCUGAAUGAAGGUCAAGGAUUGUAAUCAUUGUUAUUGGACAGGCUCAGAGAAACGCCCUCCUCAGAGUGGAGAGGUGGCUUAAACGCCUCCGGUGCCUUGUUGACCAACACCAACUGCUGCCAUAUACGUGUUGUAACUCUGAGCACUUUUCUUAUUAACCUGUAAUAAUAUGUUAACUGCUGCUGAAGUGGUGAAUGUUUUGGCAGUGUUUUAGCUGCCUGCUCACUUGUAAAACACAAUACAAUGAGAGUAAACCAAA